AUGGGUGGUGAUAUUGAGCAAGUUAAUGGUGAUUCUGUACAAAGGCUUCAAUCCUCGAUUGGAACAUCAUCAUCUUCACUUGCUAAACGACAGCAAUCCAUUCCAGUGAAUCAACUAGACAUACCACAGUUGAAUGUUCUGCAAUUUCGGGGUCAGAUGCCACAAUUCUCCCCCAAUUUCGGUGUUGAGAAUAAUAGUAAGAGGGGCGGUAUACCACCUUCUCAUCCGCAAAUGCCCCGUAAUUCCCCUUACUCACAAAUCCCUGUAACCUCUCAUGUUAAUUUGCAACAGGGUCAGCAGAAUUUUAGUCCUAGUUUGGGGCAGUCACACUUGCAAUCUUUGUCACAACCGCUCAGUUCCUUGCCGCCUUUGAGCCCUCUGCCUUAUCUGUCCACUGCAAUGGUGGACCAAGUUUAUGGUGAUGUUGCAAUGGAUGAGAAGGAUGCUAAUUCACAUUCGUUGUUGCCUCCCUCACCAUUCACAAGAGGUAGUGUGUCGAGGACAGGGGAGACUUUGCCUCCACGUAAGGCACAUAGAAGGUCCAAUAGCGAUAUCCCAUUCGGAAUUUCUGCUUUUACACAACCUCAGUCAUCAUCUAUUCUGCUGGGGAAUCCUGGUGCUCUUGAGAGGUCAGCGUCUGCAAGAGAGAAUAUAGGAGCUAAGCCAGUGCAGUUAGUUAAACGGGAGUCUUGUUGGGAGAAACGCAAUGAGAGCAAUGUGGAAGGGAUGGGGGAGAGGAAAUCUGAAGGGGAAGUUGUGGAUGACCUGUUUUCUGCCUACAUGAAUUUGGACAACAUUGAUAUGUUGAACUCGUCUGGUACCGAUGAGAAACUGGGUUACGAGAAUCGCGAAGAUUUGGACAGUAGAGCGAGUGGUACAAAGUUGACUGGGGGUGAUAGCAGUGAUAAUGAAGCCACGAGCAGUGUUAAUGAGAGUGGCAACCAUACGUGGAAACAAGGAACAUCUUCAUUGACUGAGAAAAGGAAAGGAAUCGAAAGGAGUUCUGGAGGUGAUAUCAUUCCGACCACCAGACACUGCAGGAGUCUCUCCAUGGAUAGCUUUAUGGGGAACAUGAACUUUAGUGAUGAGUCACCAAGAUUGCCUCCAUCUCCUGGAACUCGCCCAGGACAACUCUCACCAACCAAUUCAAUUGAUGCAAACUUCAGCUUGGAGUUUGGGAAUGGUGAGUUUAAUGGGGCUGAGAUCAAGAAGAUUAUGGAAAAUGAAAAACUUGCAGAGAUUGCUUUAUCUGAUCCCAAGCGGGCGAAAAGAAUUUUGGCAAACCGUCAAUCUGCUGCUCGUUCAAAGGAGCGUAAGAUGAGAUACAUUGCUGAGCUGGAACACAAGGUCCAAACUUUACAGACUGAAGCAACAACAUUGUCAGCCCAGCUUACUUUGCUGCAGCGGGACUCUGCUGGACUGACAAGCCACAACAGUGAGCUGAAAUUUCGCCUGCAAGCUAUGGAACAACAAGCUCAACUCCGCGAUGCACUUAAUGAAGCGUUAACAGCCGAGGUGCAACGUUUGAAGCUUGCAUCUGCUGAACUUAGCGGAGAUCCUUCCAAGUUUCAACAGCUUUCUAUUAAUUCCCAGCAGUCCCAGCAGUUCCAGUUACGCCAACAGCAGGCAACUCGACAGAACAUACAACAGCAGUCCCAGCAACAGAAUGGCGAUACAUCUGCCCAGCAGGAAUUGAAGCAUUAG